AAAACUAUUCCAGCGUUUUGUAAAAUGCGAACGAAGGAAAUGAAGGCACGUGCAUAAUCCGUGAUUAUACAGUUCGCUACCCUUAACAACUCGCCAGAUCAUUACUGCGAGCCUGCUACUGCGAGUGCCCAAAUCGACCAAGCCGAGGCGAGAGAGAGAGAGAGAGAGAUGGCAUUGAGAGCUGCCCUACUUCGCCAUGUGCGGAUACCUGUACAAACGCUAACCCUAGCCGGCCAUAAAUCUCAGCCGUGGAGCUUAUGCAUUUCCAGUCGGUUAAUGUCAUCGCACGACGACCAUCUGACCAAGGAACAGGUCAUCGAUAGAGUCCUCGAUGUGGUUAAGAGUUUCCCCAAGGUCGAUCCAUCCAAGGUGAGUCCUGAUGUACAUUUCCAGAAGGAUCUGGGUUUGGAUAGCUUGGACAAUGUAGAGAUUAUAAUGGCUAUAGAAGAGGAGUUCAAGCUGGAAAUUCCAGACAAGGAAGCAGUUAAGAUUGACUCCUGUAAUCUUGCUAUUGAGUAUGUGUAUAACCAUCCAAUGGCUGCUUGAUAUGGGGAUGGGAUUUGUUGCCCUGGAUUUUGAGGAAAGCGGUGAUUUUAUUAGUUCAUGUUUGACUUGUUUGGUGUCUGAAUGAGUUUCAUCCGCUGUACUGGGUUGGAAAAUAAUCUGAAUAUGUUUGAUAAGAGUACCAUUGACAGAACUAGCAUGAUGUUUUUUUACUUUGGAAUUCUUAUGAUACAACACCAUCUAUAUUCACAGGGUGCUUAGGUUUUCCUUGCA